CCCUAGGGACAUGUCGGGCAAAAAUCCCUCCACCCGGGCCUUAAUUGAAUAAUCUUUUGAAAAACGAUCGAAGCCCCAUCUCUUCGAUGGGACAAUAUCAUAUCCCGGAGUUGUCCGAACCUCAGAGAACUGAAGAUUAGUGAAAUGCAAAAAAAGUAAUCAAAAGAAAUCAAAAAUAGGGCGAGAACUGCCGGGUGUGUCUAAUUAAAAAAUUGGGUGCUAAAUACGAUAUGAAUGAGAUUCUAGUGAAUUUUACUGGAUGAAAAUCAUGGAAAUUAAGGCAGUGGUUUUAUUUGUGAUCGUCCUGAUCAAUUUGGGAACAUCCAGGGCAAUUUAUAAUGACUCCUUUGAUGAGGAGUUGCUCCUGAAACCUCUGGCAUCAGGACAUGUUUACGCGUAUUUUCAGUUCACUACUCUUUGGAGGGUUCAGAGAGAUUCCAAACAAUUGCAGCAUUCCCAUCUCUUCCCAAGAGGACUGAGUGUGUUAAUUGACAGGCAUCAUGUACAAGAGCUGCACAUCAGCCUGACUGAUGGGCUCUGGAGGUACAGGAAAUGGGGCUAUCCUGUGGUGGAUGCAGGACCUGGGGCUGACAUCUACGCUUGGUUCCAGUCAGAAGUCCAGGAUGUGGAUAAGGAAUGGAAAGCCCUGAUGAAUGCGCUGUCAGGACUGCUUUGUGCCUCCCUGAACUUCGUGGACGCCUCCAACAGUAUGUCCCCAGAGUUCAGCUUUCGUCCAAUGGGUGUUGUAGAAAAAUUCCCCAACUCCAGUCACCUCAGAUAUGCAUCCCUCCCGAGGGAGAUCGUCUGCACGGAAAACCUCACCCCCUUCAAGAAGCUCCUACCCUGCGACUCAAAAAAAGGUCUGGCAACUCUCCUAAACUCUGCGUACAUCCACAACACGAAUUACCACUCCAUCGGUAUUCACUUUCGGUCAGUCUGUGCGAAUGCCGGUUGUACCCUGUCAUCCUUGGAAUUGAGACAGUCCAUUUCUCUGGUUUAUGACACAAUGAUCGAGGGAAAUCAGGACUGGUCCCUCAGAAAACUAUUUGGCAUGGGCCUCAUGGGGGUAUGCCCUUUGGCCACCCUCAGCAAUAUUUACGUUGACACCAGCACGAACAACAGCAUCCACACGUACAGAUUGACACCGAAUCCCAGUGCAACUAUUUUGAGUCUCCGAGGGGGACAGAAAGCUGAAGUAGCUGUUUAUGAUAAUAGGGCAUUCACCAGUCGUGGGGCUUUCAAUGUCGCUGCUGUUCACUCAAAACAGAGGACUGGAGGCGUCGAGUUCCCCUCGAUACUCUCUGCUAAUCGAUAUAUCGUUGCGUAUGGCCAAGAAAAAGCGACCUUGAUAACGAAAUUAUACAACAACCACUGGCAGACUAUCAACGUUGUGUUGCUGGAGAAUAUUCCCUGGUAUUUGUCUAUGUACUUACACUCCAUGAGGAUUGAACGAAAUGGAGAGACCGUCAAACCUCUGGCUCUCAGGUAUUCCCCUGGGAGGGAGAGAGUCCAGCCUUAUUAUCUGGAACUAGUUCUACGUCUUCCCCCACAUUCUGUUACCAAGUUUUCCAUUGAAAUGGAUUAUCUAUUUCUGAAGUGGCAGGAGUAUCCUCCGGAUGCUAAUCAUGGAUUUUAUAUGGGACCUGCGGUUAUCACUGCCGUCCUCCCAACAGCCAGGAACUACACUGGAUUACCUAUUGAUGGGAGUACAAUUACUUCUAGUUUCAACGCGUCGAGGGCCGGUUACCUCGUUCAAAUUCGCACAGAGACAAUCCUGAUAAGUUUGCCAACCCCCGACUUCAGCAUGCCAUACAAUGUUAUCUGUCUAGCAUCUACGACAGUGGCACUGGC